UAGGAAUGUCGUGUUGAAAAUCUUCAUAAGCAAUACGAGUACAGUCUAAAUUAGUAAAACUUAUACAUCGACCAGGAUGGCAAAGAAGAAAUGUUUCACCGUUUCUAUCCUGGUUACAUUCGCCUGGAUGGCAGUCGCCGCAGCCAGCAGCAUUGACCCAUCGACAAGCAAGGUGUGUCGCAGCGCUCAGCGCGCCCAGGAGCUUAUAGAGGCGUACGCUAAGAACUGGACAUUACAAAAACUGAACUUGAAAUGGACGGACUCCUGGAACGAGUACGGCAACUAUCCACUGCGCGAUCGCUUACGUUACCUACAGCGCUUCACGUGGUAUCCCUCAAGACGCAUCAGUAAGUCUUCCCUCGUACAAGCCUUUGAAUUGGCCCUCGGAUACGAAACCGCCCUCACGAACCUUCAGCUCGACGCACAUCUUCACGCUAAGCCCGCCGACGACGAUGCUCAACACCUGAAAAACCUUGAACAAAUUGAGAAAAUGUUGAUAAGUUUAGCGAAUUCAAUUAAGGGUCAUAAAUUGAUAAGAAAAUGCUCACGUGAUCUGAAUUUUUCGUCACAAUCAGCGUCGAAUUUCUGGGACUACGUCCCUGUAGAUACGCCCUAUGCGCAAGAUGUAAAAGCCUUCAUCACUUUUCAUGAAAUUGUUGCUGGUUUGGACGAGUUUCAAAAUAUUUUCAGCUGCGCCAAGAUCAGGCGAAAUCUUAGCUAAUGAUGAAUGAUCCGUUGGGAAAAACAUUAAAAAAAGGCGUUAGUGGUCAUUGCACGCUAAUCCAUCUUUAGACUAGCGUAAAUAUUAUUUGUUCGUAAAUAACAUUUUUCAAUAUACUGACAUGCAUGUGAAUAUUUAUAACCGUGAUCAUUAUAUCAGAAAACAUAUAAAGUAUCAGAAUAUCACUUCAGUAACCAUUGCGUUAACCUUCACCAAUACACCCUUGAUUUCAAAUGAUCGUUAUAAUAAAACGUAUAGACGAGAAUAAGCUUGCUUGGCACCUUCUCCAUACCCGCUUUGGUUUGUCUGGAGUCUCUGGACUGGCCGAGUCGGUAGUCAAGUCUCGACCGCCGUGGAGACUGCAGCUGCAGGCCUGACAGUCCUCGGGUGACUGUCCAGGGACUGCAGGUGCAGAGUGAAAGCGUUACAAUUUGAUCAAAUGUUAGUCAAGGAAAACUGUCUAAUUAUGGGGUAUUGACUGUGAGUAAAACGCACAUUGUGACAAUCUUCAAAGUAAAAAGGUAUCGAAAACUAUUUAAAUACACUGUGCCACCAUUAGUAUAAUAAUAUCUAUUGAAAAAUUGAAUCCCUUACUGACAAAAUCGAUCUUGAGAAUAGCAGGUUAGCAUUUUCAAACGUGAGCCCUCGCAACAAAUUUUCAUUUGGGUUAUAAUUGGAGUCAUAAAUUUGAAACUCGUAUAAGAAUUGCCACUUUCCCUUUCUUGUUUUGCGGUCAGCGAUGUAAUGAUGACUAAGGUGACGUCCAAUAAACAUGAUACGAGUUGCUGUAGUAACAUAGCAUUUCCAAAUGUAUGUGUGGCAUCCGAUCUACAUUCAAUGGUGCACGUUUGGUCGGUCAUAGAUAAAAGAAAAUAUCGGUAGGAAAUUUUUAAUAGCUUCCUGAAUGCAUUUACAAUUGAUGAGUUUUCUAAUGUCAUAAGGAAUUCAUUAUCCGAUUAAUUAUUCA